GAACAUGUUCCCCUGAUCCAAAAUGGACGCCCCCACCAACAGCAGCUCGGCGCCAUCGGACUACUUCCUGGUUGAUGGCGGUCUGGACUAUGCGGUUCCUCUGGACGAGGUCCCGGACACCACGCAGGGCCGAGCCUUCUUCGUGUCCACCGUGGUCAUCGGCGUGGUGCUGGUGGGCAUCAUGCUGGUCUGUGGAGUGGGAAACUGUCUUUUCAUCUUCAGCCUGGCUCGCUACCAGCCGCUGAGGAACCUGAGCGACCUGCUGAUCUCCAGCCUGGCGGUGUCCGACGUGCUGGUGGCGGCGGUGUGCUGUCCCUUCCUGCUGGACUACUACGUGGUGAAGCAGCUGUCCUGGGACCACGGCCUGCUGCUCUGCGCCGCCACCAACUACCUGCGCACCGUGUCGCUCUACGUGUCCACCAACGCUCUGCUCGCCAUCGCCCUGGACAGGUACAUGGUGAUCCUCCACCCUCUGAAGCCUCGGAUGAAGCAGCAGACGGCGUGCUGUGUGGUCCUGACAGUCUGGAUCGUACCCGUCUUCAUCUCCAUCCCCUCCGCCUACAUGGCCUCUGAGACCACCUACCCACGUGUGGAAGCUGACACCCACAAGAUCUUCUGUGCUCAGAUCUGGCCGGUGGACCAGCAGGUUCUCUACCGCUCCUACUUCCUUCUCAUCUUCGCCCUGGAGUUCAUGGGCCCGGUGACCGUCAUGGUGGUCUGCUACAUCCAGAUCUCCAGGGAGCUGUGGUUCAAGGACGUUCCUGGUUUUCAGACGGAGCAGAUCCGGAAGAGGCUCCAGAGGCGUCGGAGGACAGUGGUGAUGCUGAUUCUGGUCCUGGUGGCCUACGUCCUCUGUUGGGCGCCUUACUACGCCUUCACCCUGCUGAGGGACUUUAACCCGUCCCUCAUCUCCAGGGACAGGAACUCCCUGGUGGCCUUCUACAUCAUUGAGUGCCUCGCCAUGAGCAACGGGGUCAUCAACACCCUCUGCUUCGUGAGUGUCCGGAACCACAGCAAGCGCCCGAGGAGGACAGGCAGGUUCCCGCUGAGGCUGGUGUCCUACGUGUCUGCCAGGUCUGUGGAGGAAGGGGACGCACGGACGUCCUCCCUCCGAGAGACGGAGGACGUGGAGGGGACUUGGCCGAGGUAGAGCUCCAACAUCUAACGCAUCAGCUGCAGCUCUACAACUCGUGGAAUGAGACACACCAGAGGAACCAGAAAUUACAAGAACCUUCAGAGAACAUCAGGGACUGAACCUG